AAAGGGCAGAGGGCGAGCCCGGACUGGCCGAGCCAUGACGGAGGGGAGCAGCAGGAAGGAAGGGUUCAAGAAGUGCCGGAGCGCUACUUUUAGCAUCGAUGGCUACAGCUUCACCAUUGUUGCAAAUGAGGCAGGAGACAAGGCUGCCAGACCCCUCGCUCGCUUCUCUCGGUCCAAAUCACAGAGCUUCUUGUGGAAUUCUCUUAUCGACGGACUCACUGGGAAUGUCAAGGAAAAGCCAAAGCCAACGAUCGUUCGUGAUCCUCGGGCACCAGAAGAAAUCUUAGCUGAUGAGCUCCCCCAGUUGGACAGCCCCGAGGCCUUAGUGAAGACAUCAUUCAGGUUGCGGUCUUUGGUAAAACAACUAGAAAGAGGGGAGGCUUCUGUAGUCGACCUCAAGAAGAAUUUGGAACAUGCAGCAUCGGUCCUUGAAUCUGUCUACAUCGAUGAAACAAGGCGACUCCUGGAUACAGAAGAUGAGCUCAGUGAUAUCCAGUCAGAUGCCGUGCCCUCCGAGGUCCGGGACUGGCUGGCCUCUACCUUUACCAGGCAGAUGGGGAUGAUGCUGAGACGGAGUGAGGAGAAGCCCCGAUUCAAAAGCAUCGUUCAUGCUGUGCAGGCUGGAAUCUUUGUGGAGAGAAUGUACAGACGGACAUCAAACAUGGUUGGAUUAAGCUACCCACCAGCUGUGAUUGAAGCAUUAAAGGAUGUGGACAAGUGGUCCUUUGAUGUCUUCACACUGAAUGAUGCCAGUGGAGAUCAUGCCUUGAAAUUCAUUUUCUAUGAAUUACUCACCCGCUAUGAUCUGAUCAGCCGCUUCAAGAUUCCCAUUUCUGCUCUUGUCUCGUUUGUGGAAGCACUGGAGGUAGGCUACAGCAAACACAAGAACCCUUACCACAACCUGAUGCAUGCAGCGGAUGUCACUCAGACCGUCCACUACCUCCUCUACAAGACAGGGGUUGUGAACUGGCUGACGGAGCUGGAAAUCUUUGCUAUCAUCUUCUCAGCGGCCAUCCACGAUUACGAACACACCGGGACCACCAACAACUUCCACAUUCAGACUCGCUCAGAUCCGGCCAUUCUGUACAAUGACCGAUCCGUCCUCGAGAAUCAUCACAUCAGCGCAGCCUAUCGACUCCUCCAAGAAGAUGAGGAAAUGAAUAUUUUGACCAACCUUUCGAAGGAUGACUGGAGGGAAUUCCGGACCUUGGUGAUCGAGAUGGUGAUGGCCACAGAUAUGUCCUGUCAUUUCCAACAGAUCAAGGCCAUGAAAACAGCGUUGCAACAGCCAGAAGCAAUUGACAAGCCGAAAGCCUUAUCUUUGAUGCUGCACACAGCUGACAUCAGCCACCCAGCUAAAGCCUGGGAUCUCCAUCAUCGCUGGACCAUGUCGCUGCUGGAAGAAUUCUUUAGACAGGGUGACAGGGAAGCUGAGCUCGGCCUUCCUUUCUCACCUCUGUGUGACCGCAAGUCGACCAUGGUGGCUCAGUCUCAAGUAGGUUUCAUUGACUUUAUCGUGGAGCCCACCUUCACUGUUUUGACCGACAUGACUGAAAAGAUUGUAUCUCCACUUAUUGAUGAACCCUCCCAACCUGGUGGGACUGGGCACAGACGCUCAAGCUUGAAUAGCAUCAGCCCGUCAGAUGCAAAGCGAUUAAGUAUCCGGAGCACUGGGUCUGAAGGAAGUGCCUCGAUCAACAAUUCCGUCCUCACUGUGGACUAUAAAAAUUUUAAAGCCACUUGGACCGAGGUGGUACACAUUAACCGGGAGAGAUGGAGGGCCAAAAUUCCAAAAGAAGAGAAAGCCAAGAGGGAAGCAGAGGAGAAAGCCAAGCAGGAGGCCGAGGAGAAGAAAAAGCAGAUGGAAGCCAAAAGUCAGGCUGCAGAAGGUGCAUCAGGCAAGCCUGAGAAGAAAAAGUCUGGAGAAGGGAAGAGUCAAGCGAAUGGAGGGCGAGUCAACAAAAGCGAAAACUCCCAUGGGAAACAUCCUUCCAAAGCAGACAAAUCUGGAGACAAUAAACAGGCUCACGCGGGUGAUGAGAAAAACAAGACAGACAAGAAGGAUCAGUCCAACGCUGGCAAUGACUCCAAGAAAACAGACGGCAUAAAGCGACGUCCUCAUGGCUCACCAGCCCCAAGCACAAGCUCGUCAAGUCGCCUUACCUUGCCAGGUGAUUAUGGAUAGAACAGCCCGCCUGAAGUACACCCGACAGAGAAGUGACCUAUUCUGCUCUUGGAGAAACAUUUUAGGAAGUGCAAAUUUAUGAAAAAGCAAAACACUAAGGGCAGUAUGAUUCCUAGAGGAGAUCACUUCUAAAUGUGAUGCUGCAUCCUCCCCGACUCGGUUCAGGUUAAUCUUUCAGGUGUGAAAAUGACUGCCAAAGAGUCCACUACGUAAGGUGCCCUAUGAAUUCUUGUGUUUAGAUUAGGAAUUCAAGGCCUUCCUAAGAAGAGCUAAAACUAGGGUGGGACAACCAGGAUUGUGAACCAGAGCACCAGGAUUUAGAGAAUACAGACAUUCUACAUUUUCACUGGUCCAGAAACAACUAAGCACCCAAUUAGUGAGAAUUGUUCUUUUAAAUAGGAUACUAUUAAGCCAAUCACAUUAUUAAUAGCUCUCCUCUGUGAACUACUAUAGUAACCAAUUCAUUCUGAUAUUAAAAUGAGUUAGCCUUAAUUACUCUUGUAUUGUUUUUUACACCACUAAUCACAAAGAUGAUCUGAGGCCAUGGUUCUUGCUGAUUGCCUGAGACAUCAACAUUGCUAGUUACAGCACUGUUCCUCAGAAUCACAUUCAAACAAAAUGCAGGUGGCCUUCUCUCUGCCCUUACCUUAAGUGAGGAGACUCCCUGAAAUGAACCUUUGCGGAGACCCUUCUACCUUCAGAUUUCAGUUUUAUGCCUUAACACUUACCAUUCUUUCAGCUGAAUGGAUCACAUACCCCUCCCCCACUACCCCUGCCCCUCCACCAGGAUGUGAAAUGGUGAUUAGUAGUUACUGAUUUAGAUUUUCACUCUGUACCUGGAGACAAAAAUACCUGAUUUCAUAUCCUGUCUCAGGAACUUUGUAUCUGUGUGACCAUGGGCAAUUCAUUUAACGUCUGAACUUUAGUUUCCUUAUCUGUAAAAUGUGGAUAAAAAUACCUAUAAAUGUAGUACAGAGACUUGUUAUGAGGUUCGAAUGAGAUGAAAAUAUGUAAAUUA